UAUUGUGUUGUUUAUAGUAUCUGAUUCUAAAUAAAUUAUUGUUACUGCAAAAGCAAACGUUUAAAGUUUUAAAGUUCUGUUUGGCAAAAGCUACAAUGAUUGCUAGCGCACGUAUGGCGCGCCUUGCACGUGAAAUAAAAAACUUUGAAACAAAACCGCCAUGGGGUAUAACAUGUUAUCCAGAGAAAGAAGAUUGUUAUGAUAUCUUAUCAGUGCAAUUACUGGGUCCAAAAGGCUCCCCUUACGAGAAGGGUACGUUCAAAUUGACCGUCAACAUUCCAGAAAAAUACCCUUUCGAACCGCCGCUGGUGAAAUUCGUUACUCCUGUUUAUCAUCCCAAUAUAGACAAAGGUGGUCGUAUAUGUAUGGAUAUGCUAAAAAUGCCACCAAAAGGAGGUUGGCUUCCAACAAUAACUCUGGAGACACUCCUUGUGUCAUUGCAGACUCUCCUCUCCAAUCCCAACCCUGAUGAUCCACUCAUGAUGGAUGUCGCAAAUGAAUACAAGUAUGAAAAUGAAAAAUUUAAGGAACAAGCAAGAAGACACACUGAAAAACAUGCGCUUGGAACAGUAUAGACAUCAUAUUAAUAAAGAAGUCUGAAUGAUUUUAUAUAUGUACAUUUGAAAAAUAAAUUUUAUUAUUAUAUCUGAUCAAAGCAUUCACAAUGCUAUACUGAAAUCUUAUUCUAUUUUUGAUAGUUGAUUUGUAUCUCAGUUACUCUUAGCUUCAGGAUAGUGUAACUUUCUAGCUAUAGGAUACAUCUUAGCGAUGUUAUGGUGAUAUUUCAUUUCAUUACUUCAACAUGUAUUUAUAGUAGUUACAUUAAUAAACCAGUUACGCUGCUAUCAAUUUCAUAAUAAUUCUAUAUAAUUUGUUUGUUGUUGUUAAAGUACAUGUCGAAGUAAUAAAUAAAAACAAAAUC